AUGUCGGCCAGCGCCGUCUACGUGCUGGACCUGAAGGGGAAGGUGCUGAUCUGUAGAAAUUAUCGUGGCGAUGUGGACAUGUCCGAAGUGGAGCAUUUCAUGCCGAUCCUUAUGGAGAAGGAAGAAGAAGGGACCCUUUCUCCCAUUCUUGCUCAUGGAGGUGUGCGCUUUAUGUGGAUUAAGCAUAACAACUUGUACCUUGUUGCAACAUCCAAGAAGAAUGCCUGCGUGUCUUUGGUGUUCUCCUUUCUCUACAAGGUUGUUCAGGUGUUUUCUGAAUACUUCAAAGAACUGGAAGAAGAGAGCAUUCGAGAUAAUUUUGUUAUCAUUUAUGAGCUCUUGGAUGAACUCAUGGAUUUUGGGUACCCCCAAACCACUGAUAGUAAAAUUUUACAAGAGUACAUAACUCAAGAAGGCCACAAGUUGGAUACUGGAGCACCGCGGCCCCCUGCCACUGUCACAAAUGCCGUGUCUUGGCGAUCUGAAGGAAUCAAGUACCGGAAGAAUGAGGUGUUCCUGGAUGUUAUAGAAUCUGUAAACCUCUUGGUUAGCGCCAAUGGAAAUGUUCUGCGAAGUGAGAUAGUUGGAUCCAUCAAAAUGAGGGUCUUCCUUUCGGGAAUGCCGGAACUCCGUCUUGGCUUAAAUGAUAAAGUACUGUUUGACAACACGGGCCGUGGAAAAAGCAAAUCAGUGGAACUGGAGGAUGUGAAGUUCCACCAGUGCGUGCGUCUGUCUCGCUUUGAAAACGACCGGACCAUUUCUUUUAUCCCACCUGAUGGGGAGUUUGAGCUCAUGUCCUACCGCCUGAAUACACACGUAAAGCCACUGAUCUGGAUUGAAUCAGUCAUAGAGAAGCACUCCCAUAGCCGCAUAGAGUACAUGAUCAAGGCCAAGAGCCAGUUUAAGCGCAGAUCCACGGCCAACAAUGUGGAGAUUCACAUUCCUGUUCCGAAUGACGCCGACUCGCCAAAAUUCAAGACCACCGUUGGGAGUGUCAAAUGGGUGCCUGAGAACAGCGCAAUUGUGUGGUCUGUCAAGUCUUUCCCGGGAGGGAAGGAGUACCUCAUGAGGGCCCACUUUGGGUUGCCGAGUGUAGAAGCAGAGGACAAAGAGGGAAAGCCACCCAUCAGUGUGAAGUUUGAAAUCCCGUAUUUCACCACUUCUGGGAUCCAGGUUCGCUAUUUGAAAAUAAUUGAGAAGAGUGGCUACCAGGCAUUGCCGUGGGUGCGCUAUAUCACCCAGAAUGGAGAUUAUCAGCUACGAACACAGUGAGAUGCAUUCGACCAAGAAAGAC